AUGAAGAAGUUUUCUCGGAUGCCCAAGUCCGAAGGAGGCGGAGCGGCGGGUGGCGGGGCCGCGGCGGGUUCCAGCUCCAGCGGCUCGUCCGUGGGGGUCCGAGUGUUCGCCGUGGGGCGCUACCAGGUCACCCUGGAGGAGUCGCUCGCCGAAGGCGGAUUCUCCACGGUUUUCCUAGUGCGGACUCAUGGUGGCAUACGCUGUGCAUUGAAGCGAAUGUAUGUCAAUAGCAUGCCAGACCUCAACAUUUGUAAGAGAGAAAUUACAAUUAUGAAGGAAUUAUCUGGUCACAAAAAUAUUGUGGGUUAUUUGGAUUGUGCUGUUAAUUCAAUUAGUGAUAAUGUAUGGGAAGUACUUAUCUUAAUGGAGUAUUGUCGAGCUGGUCAGGUAGUGAAUCAGAUGAACCAGAAGUUGCAGACAGGUUUUACGGAACCAGAAGUGCUGCAGAUAUUCUGCGAUGCCUGUGAAGCUGUUGCCAGGCUGCAUCAAUGUAAGACUCCAGUAAUUCACCGGGACUUGAAGGUAGAAAAUAUUUUGUUGAAUGAUGGUGGAAACUAUGUACUUUGUGACUUUGGAAGUGCCACUAAUAAAUUUCUUAAUCCUCAAAAAGAUGGAGUGAAUAUAGUUGAGGAAGAAAUUAAAAAGUAUACGACUCUGUCAUACAGAGCCCCUGAAAUGAUCAAUCUUUAUGGAGGGAGGCCUAUCACCACCAAGGCUGAUAUCUGGGCACUGGGCUGUUUACUAUAUAAACUGUGUUUCUUCACUCUACCUUUUGGUGAGAGCCAGGUAGCUAUCUGUGAUGGCACCUUCACCAUCCCAGAUAAUUCUCGCUACUCUCACAACAUACAUUGCUUAAUAAGGUUCAUGCUUGAACCAGAUCCAGAACAUAGACCUGAUAUCUUUCAAGUGUCCUAUUUUGCAUUUAAAUUUGCCAAAAAGGAUUGCCCAGUCUCCAACAUCAACAAUUCAUCGAUUCCUUCAACUCUUCCUGAACCGAUGACUGCUAGUGAAGCAGCUGCUAGGAAAAGCCACAUAAAAGCCAGAAUAACAGAUAACAUUGGACCAACAGAAACCUCAAUUGCACCAAGACAAAGACCAAAGGCCAACUCUACUACUGCCACUCCCAGUGUUCUGACUAUUCAGAGCUCAGCAACACCUGUUAAAGUUCUCGGGCCCGGUGAAUUCGGUAACCACAGACCAAAAGGAGCCCUGAGACCUGGAAAUGGCCCAGAAAUCUUACUGAGUCAAGGUCCCCCUCAGCAGCCUCCACAGCAGCAUAGAGUACUUCAGCAACUACAACAGGGAGAUUGGAGAUUACAGCAAUUUCAUUUACAGCACCAGAAUUCUCUCCAGCAACAGCAGCAGCAGCAGCAGCAGCAGCAGCAACUUCAGGAUGCUUACAUGCAGCAGUAUCAACAUGCAGUGCAGCAGCAACAGAUCCUUCAACAACAGUUUUUAAUGCAUUCGAUGUAUCAGCAGCAACCCACGGCAUCACAAUACUCUACAAUGAUGCAGCAGUAUCAGCAAACCUUGCAGCAACAGAUGCUAGCUCAGCAUCAGCAGCCUCAACAGCCAGCAUCUCCGGAAUAUCUGACUUCCCCUCAAGAGUUCUCACCAGCCCUGGUCUCCUACCCGUCAUCACUUCCAGCUCAGGUUGGAACCAUUAUGGACUCCUCUUACAGUGCCAAUAGAUCAGUUGGUGAUAAAGAAGCAGUUACAAAUUUUACAAAUCUGAAGAACAUCAGCAACCCACCUGAUAUGUCAGGGUGGAACCCUUUUGGAGAGGAUAAUUUCUCCAAGUUAACAGAAGAGGAACUCUUGGACAGAGAAUUUGACCUUCUGAGAUCAAACAGGCUCGAGGCAAGUGCAUCCUCUGAUAAGAAUGUAGACCCACUUUCGUCUCCACAUAACCACCCUCCAGAAGACCCCUUGGGCUCUGUUCCUCUCAUUUCUCACUCAGGUUCUCCUGAAAAGAAAGCUGAGCAUUUAUCCAGGGCUCCAGAACACAGCACUGUCAACCCUAUCAAGAAUGUAAAGACAAGUCCAGUUUCUGCGGAGAACCGGACUGGGAAGAAAAUGCCAGAGAAUUCAUCAGUACAAGGUCCGGUGCACAAAGGGAACGAUGAAUCUGAAAGUGACUUUGAAUCAGAUCCUCCUUCUCCAAAGAGCAGUGAAGAGGAAGAGCAAGAGGAUGAAGACGUUCUUCAGGGAGAGCAAGGGGAUUUUAAUGAUGAUGAUAUUGAACCGGAAACGCUGGGCCAUAGACCACUCCUUAUGGAUUCUGAAGAGGAAGAGGAAGAAGAAAAGCAUAGUUCUGAUUCUGAUUAUGAGCAGGCCAAAGCCAAGUACAGUGCCCGGAGCCCUGUCUACAGAGACAAGUCUGGUGGUAGACAAAUCCAAGAUCCCAGUGGAACACUCCUCACCCCAACCCAGCUGCCUUCCAGCGGUGGGGUGGAGACUCCCAAACAGGAGUUUGAUGUCUUCGGCGCUGUCCCCUUCUUUGCCACGCGUGAUCAACAACUUCCCCCAGGAGAGGACGGAACGAACCUUUCCCAGAAGACCCAGUUUCCUCCCGUAGGACACGAGCAAGAAGAAUUUGAUGUGUUCACCAAGGCACCCUUCAGCAAGAAGGUGAGUGCAGAGGACUGCCCGGCGGUGGGGCCAGAGGCCCAUGCUCUACCUGCUUGUCCCGAAAGUGUGGAUAUGUUUGGCUCCACUCCUUUUCAGCCCUUCCCGGCACCAGUAAGCAAAAGUGAAAGCAACGAGGACGUGUUUGGGCUUGUGCCCUUUGAGGAAAUAACUGGGAAUCAGCAGCAGAAAGUCAAACAGCGGAACUUACAGAAGCUGUCCUCUCGCCAGAGGCGAACAAAACAGGACCUGUCCAAAAGUAACGGGAAGCGGCACCACGGCACACCCACCAGCACAAAGAAGACCCAGAAACCCACCUUCCGCACCCCAGAGAGAGCUCGCAGGCACAAAAAGGUGGGCCGCCGAGACUCUCAAAGUAGCAAUGAAUUUUUGACCAUCUCGGACUCCAAGGAGAACAUUAGCGUUGCCCUGACCGACAGGAAAGACCGAGGGCCUAUCCUGCAGCCUGAGGAAAGUCCGCUGGACCCCUUCGGGGCCAAGCCCUUCCAUCCUCCAGACCUGGCGAGGCACUCCUCACACCCUGGGCUGAGCGACCUUCUCGCCGACCACCACGCCGGCCUGCCGACGCGGCCGCGGCAGAACUCGCUACACGCCUUCCACAGCGCCGACGCCUUGAGAAGGGACGAUUUCGGGGCCGUGCCCUUCACAGAGCUCGUGGUGCGCAGCAUCCCUUCACAUCCGCCCCAACAGUCCCCGGCCGUCGAACUAGAUCCAUUUGGUGCUGCUCCAUUUCCUUCUAAACAGUAGAUCCUUCUCAUGGAUUCUUGGCAUUCACUCCUGUUUCAAAAACAAAAGGAAUCAAAAUUGUCAGAAAAAUGAACUUUUCACAGCGAACAGGACCACUGAGCACCUUCUCACUGCAGGACACUCCUCUCUCCAGCUGGUGUCCUCCGUUUCUGAAGACAGCACCCCUGCCUCAGUGUGGCAGCGUCCGAUCACAUUGAUCAAACCGCUGCACCACAGAACUUGAUCUGCUCUUUCCUUUUACGGUCAAUGCUUCCACCCUUCUGUGGCCGGCUUCUCACAAGGGUAUGUAAGCCUACUGGUAGUCUGAUCCUUUGGACAAACCUAUCUUUCAUUCUUAUAUUCCAGAAAAAGCUGCCACAUUUUCAGGCAUACGAUGUUAAAAAGUGCCGCACUGUGCUGUCACCACAUUUAAAGCAGCUUUGUACGGCUCUCCAAGAACUCACGUCCCAUUUCUCAUUUGCUUGGUAACAAACACUGAGGCAGUCUCACUGAAAUCUCUAAUGAACGCCAAGUCUUCCCCCCUAGGACCUGAUUCUAACAUUUAUUCUUUUAAUUCUCAAUAUACUUUCCUUGGUAGGUCAAAUAUGCUUCUGUGACCCCCGCUACCCAUAUAGUGCAGGUUUCUAAAUCUUUAUUCAUCUUAAACUGUGACCUAAAUUCCAGACCCGAUCCUUGUCUCUCUAGGAGUCCAGGUGGCAUCUUGGGUGAGGGGUUGGGCUGCUAACUGGAGUCAGCAGUUUGAAACCUACUUUCAUAGAGAUUUAGUCUCUGAAACCCACAGGGCCAAUUCUACUUUGUCCUAUCAGGUUGCCAUGAUUAAAAACAAGACAUCAAUGGGGUAAAACAAAAUAAGACAAAAACAGUAGUUGGGCGUUACUAUUUUUUCAAGCCAGAGCUGUAAAAAUCAUGGCAUUAAUAUGCAAUUAUUAGAAACAUGCUCUCAAAUUACCCAUCCAUGGGUGGCCUAAGUACACUACUUUACCCAAAAGAAAAAAUGUUGCAAGGAUGAAGAAAGUGGUAAUAUUGGCUACACUCAACUCACCUGUACAAUAGGAGCACCGAUUCCUCCAUUGAGCCAAACCCAGUGAAGAGUAGGGAUCACUCCAUAUCCCGAAACAGAACAGAAGAUGGCAGAGCGGAGUCGCUGCCACUGCUGCGUAAGGUAAUUGGGGUGAAUCUGAGCAAAGAACACCGCCAGGAUCAUAGCAAGCACUGUGAUCAAGUACACUUGGCGCCAGUACUAGAAUGAGAAGAGACAGUUUCCUUGUUAUCUAUGGAGGGAAAGUGGUCGUGAUUUUGACUUUCACAUUCUACAUUCUACACCACCUACGUGGUAUUUUCAUUUCUCAGCAUGAUUACCGUUCUGCCUGUAAAAAUGCAGGUGCCACAGCCAUGUUAGAUUUCCUAGGAUGGCGAACCAGGGUCCGCACUGAGCUGAUAAAAGACCACCUCCAACGACAGGAAAGCAUUUCCUGAGUGGCUAAUUAUGUGCUCGGCACAGUGUGAAUUGUGUAGAAACAAAGGUGACUAUCAGGUGGCCCCUCCCGGUGGGUGAUCUCACAAGACUGGGAUCUAAUGCUCAGUACUGUAACUGAGUUAUGAAGGCUGGAUAAACAGGAGAAAAGAAUGAGCGUAUCUGAGUAGCUAAAACUGCUUCAGAAAGGAGGAGACAGCUAAGCUGGGUGUUGAGGAAUAUGUAAGACUUUGUGGGACAGGCAGCUGGGAAGUUUUGAGAAGGGAAGCCAAAAAGCAGGCCAAGUGGCAGGUUGAGGAUUUAGAACUCAAACUCACUGCCAUUGAGUCGAUGCCGACUCACAGGGACCCCAUAGGACAGAGCAGACUGCCUUCUGGUUUCUGAGACGGUAACUCCGUUUGGGAGUAGAGCCUCAUCUUUUGCCAUGAUUUCGAACUGCUGCUCUUAUGGCUAGCAGCCGACAGUACUGACCUCCACCACCAGGGCUCCUUCAAGUUCUUUGAGUGGUGGGAUGUUGUGUGUCAUCAAGCUGAUUCUGACUUGCAGUGACCCUGUGUGACAGUGCAGAACUGCCCCGUGGGGCUUUCCUGACUGUCAUGAAGGGUUUUGAACACCAUCUUUUGGUUAGCAGCCAGGUACUCCUGACAGUCAUUUUUCAAGUUGACUUAUUAGAGAGUAAACUCUAUCAGUAGGGAGUAGAAAGUGGUAACAGGAAGACAGCUAGAAGCUAUUAUAAUCAUAUAUUCAAAGAGAAUGAGGCCUUGGGCACUUGUUGAGCAAGGAAGAGACAUGAAGUAUACUUCAGGAAGUACACAAAAUUCACUUACGGCACUGAAAGUGUUAACAGCUGACUGCAUGCAUAAGAGAAUACUGGAGGCGGCCUGGUGGUUUGUAGCCUGAAAGGCCUGGUAAAUGGGUUUUAUCAAUGAGUGACUGAGCAAAGAUGAUCCAGAUUAGGUGUCUGUGUGCAGCAUGUGGGUAGGAGUUACAGGGGAUAUGAGAAUGUUCAUUUUUAAAUAUACUUAGUUUGGAGGACUUAUGAGAUAAUUUAUGUAUCUAAAGGAGCAGGUAGAGCUGGUCUUGAAGCUCAAAAGUUAAUAUCCCAUAUGACUGGAGUUCUUCCACUGGCUCCUGGGAUAUUGGGGGACCACUCACUCCCUAAUUGUUUUGUGUGCUCAAAGAUGCAUUCUCCUGGAUGGAGUAUCCAUUGCUUUCACUCUGAUUCUGAAAGCAGCCUGUGGACCUUGAGAGAUAAAGAGUUACUAUCAUAAUUGAAUCAAAUCUCAAUUUGGUUAUGACUUAGACAGAGGAAAAGAAAUAUUUUUUCCUUUAUGGGAACAUGGAUUAUAUUAGCUCUAUUCACUGUCUGCGAGAUGAUCCUGACUCACAGCAACCCAAUAGGACAGGGUAGAACUACCCCUGUGGGUUUCUGAGACUAACUCUUUA